AUGCUGAACGCGUUCAAGCAGCGCCACGAAGCACCGAACACACAGCGAGAAAGUAAUGGCAGGGCGGGAUCCAGCAGCCGACAGUCAGCCAUCCAUCAGACCACUCCCCACCGCUCGCAACAGAAAACAACAACAACGAAGGUAUUGCGAUAUGUUUUUGGAAGAAAUAAGUACACAUUUUGCAGAAACCUGAACAAUAUUCCCGCUCCCAUCACGACCAGAAUGAGUACUCGCACGUUUCCAAAAUGUCCGCCUCUAAAAAGACACCGCCUCGCAAGCCGCUUUUCAGAAGUCCGUUGAAACCGGUGAGCUGCAAAACUCACUAAUACAUCCAAAUUCCCUGUUCAGGUGGGACUGAUAAACGGUGAGCAACUGGAAGAAGAGCCGGGGGAAGACGAUAGUUGUCGACGAUCAAGGCGAGUUUGGAGCCGUCGGGAACUACAACAGCGAUUAUGACGAUGACGACUAUGAGCUCUUCGAAGAAUCGAGAUCGGGGAUCUCAGCGAGGAAAUUCUGGCGGACAUUCGAGUAAUCAAGAUAAUCAAUAGUUCAUUCAAGUUUGUUCCUGUUUUCCAGAGAAAACUGGUCAAUGCGGUUCGUUGUCGGGUGACCUUUGAUUAUUCGGCCAUUAACGAAAUGAUCAAUCAUGGCUCGGAUGACGUCAAAGCCACUUGUCUCAUGAUGAAGGGCUUGAUGCACGUAGUAAGAAAGCCCUUCAAUAUAGUCCCAACAUCUAUUCCCAGAUCGAGGCGCUCUACGAAGAUCGCAGCAAUUCCCACGGGAAAAACUCGUCAAAAAUGUUCCGCAGGCGACGGUUACAUUCAAUCCGCGAUGCGUGAGGAAUGCCGAGCCGUCCGUCGUCACCACCACCAACGGCCACGGUAAUCAUUCGCUACUUUCACUUACCAGCUCAUUUGUGAUUAAUUCUCAGACGUUUGCGUGAAUACCGUCUUUCAAAGAACCUCGCCAAUGUCCGGAACAUUGCGCACGGUCGUCCAUCACGUCGCCAACACGUGGCUUGGAGCGGUAUUUCAUUUCAGUUACUUCUAAUAUUACAGAAAAAAGUUUUCAGAUUUUGAAACCGGAAGAGAUGGGAAUUUACACCACCAGCACGAAGCCUAUGUCUUCGUCAAGAGCUAUUAUUCCGGCUAAGCUGCUGAAUGAGCCAGUUCGUGAGUUACAUAUUCCUUAUUUUUGAAGUAUAAAAUACUCUGGCAUUUCGUUAUUAAUCUAAUCGCAGUCUACUCGAGUUAUACGGCGGCCUAAUAAGAUUGAUAUGACACCUAAUUAGAUUAAUAAAUUGUCUAGUUAGAUUAAUAAAUCUUCUAAUUAGAUUGAUAUGUGCUCAAAUCAAGUUCACGCCGACCCUCUGCUGGCUCAAAUCUCGAUUGUGCCAAGAAAAAACAGUCGAAUCUAAUUAGGUCGCGUUUAGAUCAGUAACUUUCUAAUUAGAUUAAUAUCGAAUUGCCAGAGUACGACAUUACAGGAAUGCUUCUCGAAUGUUUGUCGGUGGAAGGUGGCGUCGUCGACGACAUCUCUAGUCACGUGGGACUUUUGUUUAAAGAACAUAUCACAAACAAAAUGUAAGAUUUCCCAUUCAAUUUUCCUACUGAGACAUGGACUUUUCAGCAACCACCAACGAUCGGUCGACAAUCGCAAGCGCAAGGGAAAUGCUUCUGCCGGUGAUGCUCCUCCAAAGAAAAAGUAA